UCAGCUGAUUUUUAUCCAAGACGCUCUCUGACAGCAAACUUGGCGGCAUUUCUGGAAAAGUUCACAAAAUAGGCAUUUUCCGUGGUUGGAAGUUGUAAAUUUACGGCUUUUGGUAUUCUUUGGGAACGAUUGUGUGUAUUUCCGGGUAAAUUGCAUUGAGCUAUUGUGUGUAGAAUUUCGCAAAAAUAAUGCUUGGAUAGAGAUGGAUAGAGGGUUGUCAUCGCUUUGCGCCGCCAUCUUUGUGGUCUUUGAAAAAGAUCGUGUGCGAUAGCUUGUGUUUAUUUGUGACUUUUUCCGUGAUUUUAUCUGUCUCCACACCCUGAUUCUUCCACCAAAUCACACCUGACACCUUCCUGUGCAGAUUGACGUGCGUGACUUGUGGUGAAGUGCGUGAGGAGAAGCAGAAAAAACGUGUGUGUCCAUUUUUCGUUUACCACCAAGCGCAACAUUGUGCUUCUUCGCCAGCCCACAAACCACCGAUAUCAAAUGGAGGCACAUUAGAAGAGAAGAAGUCAAGAGAAUCCCACGGAAACCGCCAAUAGACAAACAACCCAAACACUCGAUAACCGGCCAAAGCCAGAGGAUAUGGUUCGAGGAAGACGAGCACGUCCGGCUGCUCCGACAGGAAGUAGCAGUGCCACAUCGCGAAAUUUGCUGGAAGAAUACUGUGCGAGUCCCAAGAGGAAGGACUAUAAGCUCGAUCCGUUGAGUAUUCAUGAGAAUGGUAGUAGUGAAAAGAUGCCUGGUAUUGAGACAAAAUUCAAAACACAAAUGGUUCUGAGGCCUUCGUCAAAGAGGAAUAUGAAGAGUAUCGAGAUCACGAGGUACUUCCCAGUGCAGGCACAACAAAAGGUGGAAACUAUUGAAUUGGUGGAUGAUGAUACAUGUGACUCAUUUCCGGAUAGAUCGUCCAAUGAGGAGGAGGAAUCUUCGAAUAUUUUUCUGCAGAAACCUGUGCUGAAGCUCAAUGUAGACAAAUCACCAAAUCAGGCAUCGUCCAUUGUCAUUAAGAAGAGUCUGGAGGUGAAGACGGAUUUUUCCAGUCUCACUACAAAUGGUUUUGUGUCCUUUGCUGCAGCAGUAACAACAACAACAACAUCCGGAAAGGUCAAAGAAAAUGGAAAUUGUGUUGAUGUACUGAAGCCUGUUUCGCCAGUUUUGGCAUGUUCAGAUAGCAAUUCCUGCGACAGUGGAGUUGUAACUGAUCGUGGUCUCGAUGCCACUCCCGCCGGAGCCAGGCUGCGUCACAAGAAACCCACAACACCGCAUCGAAUUGUCUGUCCGUCGCCCAAGAAAAGUGAUGCUGAGAAUGUGAAUGAUGUGGAGAAUGCCGGAGAGGCCAGUGAGGAUAUGUGCAUCCUCAAGACCCGGAUAGACUCUGAACUUGCACAGAAUUCAGAGAAUCCGGAUGUUGAGGAGGUGCCAAUAAGGGACAAUGGAGUUCAUACGGCCCCGGUGGCUGGUGCCAGGGCCAAGAAUGGCACCACCAAAAAACUGCUCAAUGGCACUGCCCAGAAGUCCAUCAAGGAGUUCUACAAAGUACGCCGGAGUGCGCGGAAGACCAAGAAGGAGGUGCAGAAGGAGGAACAGCGGGCCAUCGAACAGGCCAUUGCUGAGGGACGGCAACGGGGGCUGGCGGUGAAGUUGUUCAAGGAGAAGGGAAGGGGAGUGGUAGCCACUCAGGCAUUUGCCAAGGGAGACUUUGUGGUGGAGUAUAUUGGGGAUUUGAUCUCGAAUGGGGAAGCUGGCAAGAGGGAACAGAUUUAUGCAGAGGAUCAAAAUGCUGGCUGCUAUAUGUAUUACUUCAAACACAAAAAUGUUCAGUACUGUAUCGAUGCUACGAAGGAGACAGGCAAAAUGGGUCGCCUGGUGAAUCACUCACGCAACGGGAAUCUGAUAACAAAGAUAGUGGACUACAAGGGAAGACCACAUUUAGUGCUAUUGGCCAAAGAGGACAUUGAGCCUGGGAAGGAGCUCACGUAUGACUAUGGUGAUCGCUCCAAGGAGUCCCUCUUGCAUCAUCCGUGGCUGGCAUUUUGAGUGGUGUUCCUGCUGAGAGAGUGACUGAGAACGGGAGUUUUGUUUCUUUCAGAUUUUCUGAAAAACCUUUUCCCACUUUUUUUUUGUGUUUUCCUUCCUCCAAAUCCUCAAACGUAAUUGGGGGAAGGAUCAUAGAUGCGUUCAAAAAGAAAAAAAAAAAACAAAAGAAAACUUAAUAUUUAAUAUUUCUCAUCUAUUUAUUCCUCUUCUCUUUGUGCGAGAGAGAGAGAAAAAUCGCCCCUUUUUUUCCCUCGAAAUACUAUGAGGACUUUUUACCCCCUUUUUAAAGAUUAGAGGAGACAGACAGAAUGUGUUCUUAACGUUUUUUUUCUCUUACUUUAAUUCGCUAUAUUUACAAUGUUACUUCUCUUUAUUAAGAUUUACUUUAUCACGCUUUCAUUACUCGAGUUUUUUUUGUGUGUUUGAGGUUGUUUGCAGAAUUUACUAUGCGAAGAAAAAGAAGUUAAAUGUCUUUGUUUUCUGCAAAUGUGAAGCUAAAGAAGGAACUAUUCUAGUUGUUUCAAUUGGAAUUUCACAGUGAAAGUUGUGCAAAAUUUCACACGGCAAGACUGUCGCCAAAAAACAAAUUGGUUUCCAUUUUUUUUUUUUAAUUUUCAAUCCACUUAGUUUGACUUAUUAAGUAAUAAAUCACACGUUAGUAGAAUGUAGAAUAAUUAACUAAAAAAAAACAAACAAAAUGAAAAUAUUUGUAUAAUUUCG